AUUGCUUCCAUCUCGACAGCGCCGCAACUUUCGCGGCUUACGCGUACCAUAUAUCAGUCUCGUUACUUUAUCACUUUUCAUUUGGCAUCUGUUUCAGAGCCAAGUUUUCUGUACGGCAAGGGCAUACGCGACUGGCAUGGCUUCACAUGCGGACAGUGCGCACGAUCUGCUGGAUCUAGAUAUUCAGACUCUGCGCCAAUUCGUCCAGUUCUUCCCAAACAAAGGCCUCUCAAAAGUCUUAACAGGAUAUCUAAGUAGUGGAAUCUCGAAAUACCCACUUUCCGAUGAAGCUCCUGAUGAGCCUGAUCUCAGCGAAGGUGGGGUUUCGCUAACACGAAAUGCACCCCUCUCGCAACAAGAUUGCCUGGAGCUGAUGAGCGAAGGCUUGGAAGAGGCAAAACGCUCUCCGCUCGCCCACUGCCUGGUAGGCGACUACUGGCUCUCAUUGGAAGAAUACGAGGCUGCUGUGGAGACCACUCGAAAAGGGCUGAAACUUGCUGCUACUGAGGCCAAAAAGACUGACCUUACAUUUCAAAGGGUAAAGGAUGCACUGAGCAGUACGCUCGCCACAGCUCUAGUGUACUACCAGGCGCCACGGAAUCAUGCAGAAGCAAAGAAAAUAUUUCGUUCCAUAUUAGACCGGAAGCCUCACUUUACCAGUGCUCUGAUAGGAAUUGGUCUCAUUCUAGAGGAAGAGGAAGAAUAUGGUGAAGCGGUUGAGUUUCUCGAGCAAGCUCUAUCCCAAGACCUAUCAAACGGACGUAUUGGUGCUGAAGCGGCGUGGUGUCAAGCUCUCAAUGGCGACUACCAGGCCGGAUUGGAUCGAUUACAGGAAUACCUCGAAUACCCUCAAAUGGAUGCCUCAAAUCAGCGCGGUCGAGAAUUGCGAGCGCAAACGUUGUACCGCAUCGGAGUGUGUUUGUGGGAGCUGGAUCCUUCCAAAACUGCACGGAAAAGUCGACAAGGUGCAUAUUCGAGAUUUCUCGCCGCCAUCAAGGCCAAUCCCAAUUAUGCUCCACCGUAUACAAAACUUGGCGAAUUCUAUGAAGACUACAACAAGGACCGCAAAAGAGCUCGGCAGUGUUUUCAAAAGGCCUUUGAACUUUCUCCCUCUGAGAUACUAGCGGCUGAACGCCUCGCCCGAUCCUUUGCAGACCAGGGCGAAUGGGACAUCGUGGAGGUCGUAUCUCAACGAGUUGUGGAUUCCGGCAAAGUUCGUCCUGCUCCAGGCUCAAAGAAGAAAGGCGUGAGCUGGCCUUUCUCAGCACUCGGUGUAGUGCAAAUGAACAAGCAAGAGUAUCAGAAGAGCAUCGUUUCCUUCCUGUCGGCCUUGCGCAUCAGUCCAGACGAUUAUCAUUCGUAUGUUGGUCUUGGUGAGAGUUACCACAAUUCUGGGCGCUACAAUUCCGCGUCACGUGCAUUCAACUAUGCUGAAAACCCAACUGAUGGAGUCGUUAUGAAGAAGAGCGAAGGUGCAAAUUGGUUUACCAAGUACAUGCUGGCCAAUGUCAACCGAGAGCUGAGUGAGUUUGAUGAGGCAAUCAAAGGCUACGAGGAAGUCUUGAACGAAAAGUCAGAAGAAUUUGGUGUUUCCAUCGCAUUGUUGCAGACACUUGUGGAGAAGAGUUGGCGAUGCGUGGACAGUGGUUUCUUCGGCGAAGCUUCUGCCAGUGCACAACGUGCGAUCGAAGUGGCGAUUUCGAUCACCAAAUAUAAACCCGAAGCAUUCAAUCUUUGGAAAGCUGUCGGCGAUGCUGUUUCCAUAUUCACAUGGGUACAGGAGAAGUUGAACACAGUCUCACUUGCAACGGUAGAGAGCCUUCUCCGGGCACCUACAAGCAGCGAAACCCAGGUCGAUUAUGAUUCGCAUCUCGAAUUAGAUGACAUCGGUUCUUCACAGUUGGCACAAAUCGGAAAAGCUGAUCAGUCAAACCUCAAGCCUAGUGAAUUAUUGACCAUGGUGCUCCAUGCUUCUAUUCUAGCCCAGAAGAGGGCAAUAAUUAGCUGUGUCGGCGAUGUUCACGCUCAAGCUGUGGCCUGGUACAAUCUAGGCUGGACCGAGUACCGAGCACAUGUGUGUUUAGAACAAGAGCAGGAAAACCAGGGCCUGACAACCUUCUUGCGCGCAGCCAUCAAAUGCUUCAAGCGUGCCAUCGAGCUAGAGGCAGGAAACUCCGAGUUUUGGAACUCACUGGGUGUCAUUACCACAACGCUCAAUCCAAAAGUUGCCCAACAUGCAUUUGUGCGAUCUCUGCACCUGAACGAGCGCAGUGUGCGGGCAUGGACGAACUUGGGAACACUAUAUUUACUCCAAAGUGACCAGGAGCUAGCACAUACCGCCUUCUCCCGUGCACAAUCGACUGAUCCGGAUUAUGCCUUGGCUUGGGUAGGAGAGGGUAUCGUCGCUCUUUUAUGCGGCGAUGCGAACGAAGCACUGAAUCACUUCACUCAUGCAUUCGAGUUAUCGGAGUCUUCCUAUCUGAUCACCAAGCGUCAAUACGCCGUCUCAACAUUCGACCACCUAAUAUCAUCGCCAUCAGCUUCGAACAACAUUACACACCUUAUUCAACCCCUGUUUGCGCUGCAUCAAUUAAGGUUCCAAGCGCCUUAUGAUAUACCUCAUAAUCACCUUGCAGCACUCUUCUUGGAGAGGAUCGGUAACCACGAAGCUGCCAUUAAAGCUUUGAACUCCAUCUGUGAGACUACAGAGCAAGAGUAUGAGACCUCUGAGGCUAUUUCUGCUCUCGCACGCUAUGCACAAGCCAAGACUGAUCUAGCACGCAAUCUGCUUGCUACCAACUCCUACUCCUCUGCUGUCGAAGAAGCCGAGACUGCCAUCGAUCUUCUUUCGGACUUCGAGGACGAAUCCGUCCUCUCAUCAAAUGCUUUAGCCAAAACCAGGCUCUCAGCCAGGUUGACCGCAGGUCUUUCUCACUACUACCUGCAAGAUAUCGAUGCUAGCAUACCUUACUUCCGCACAUCGUUGGAGGAGAGUCAAUCAGACCCAGACAUCAUUUGCCUCCUCGCAGAAGUCCUGUGGGCGACUGGCAAGGAGCACGAGAAAGACAUCGCCCGGGAGCAGCUGUUUGCUGCUGUCGAAGGAUCUGGAAGACACGUUGGCAUUGUCACGCUUCUAGGAGCAAUGGCAGUUGUAGACGAUGAUGUUGAGACAUGCGAGGCCGUUCUCGAAGAUCUAUCCGCCCUACGUACGGACCGUAACCUCGACUCGCACCAACUUGCUCGUGUAGAGAAGAUCUGCGAAGCUAUAGCCAUACUAACCGGUGGCGAGCAGGAGGCUCUGAAUGAGAUUAAGCGUAGCGUCAUGCUCAAUCCAUGGAAAUACCAAGGGUGGCAAGACCUCGCUGAAGCGACAGACGAGAGCUACGCCGGUAUCAUGGCUAGAGAAACGGCAAGAAGGAAUGUACCGCCUGUGGGCGAUUUAGAUGCCACCGGUCUGGCAACUGCUUUUGCGGGCACUGGGUUGGUGGCUGAUGCUCAGAGAUGUGUUAUGCUUGCUCCAUGGAGAAAAGAGAGUUGGACCAGUCUUGCGGAUACACUCAGUGGAAGUGCUUGAUUACCAAUCUUGACAACGCCUGAACACUGGAGUGCUUUACGUUACCUGCUUUUGUAUGCAUGCACUACAAGCGGCGAACCUAGUAUCAUGGGCAUUGUAUCCAAUUGGAGCUGUCUACACCGUCUCUCGGUGCGUAAAGCGUUAGUACUCGAAAUUCAAAUACCAAUGAAAAUAUACCACAAUUAUCAAU